CCACACUUAAAAAUGUAUGAAUCUCAUUGCCACUCAAACCAAGUGUCAUCUGCUUGAACUUUUCUCAGAAUUUCCUUGUCUUAGCCAUUUUUGCUAUUACUUUUAACCAACUGGUCCCAAGGUAAUUUUGAGUGGAGGUAUAAAGUCACACAGGUGUUCUUGCAGAGUUACCAUAGGUGUAGAUCAUCACAUGAACUAUGGACAUGUUCCAUUGACGUUUGACCACCAGUAAUUGUCCAAAUACUUUUUGUGAUAACCAUUCAAAUAAUUUUAUAUUUUUGUGAAAUGCUUUGCUUGAAAAGGCUACUUUUGCUAUCUUACCCCUUGGUUUUAUACAGUAGCUAGAAAAAGUAUGUGAACUUUAUGGAAUUACCUGCAUUUAUAUAUAAAUUUAUUAUCUAUUUUAUAUUUAUUAUAUAUUUCAAUGUAAAAUCUGGUUUGAUCUUCAAAAUGUUGAAAAAUGAUCAAACACAAUCUGUUUAGUCUAAUAACACACAAAUUGUUGUAUUGUUCUAGUACAUACUGAAUACAUCAUUCAGACAUUCACAGUGUAGGUUGGAAAAAGUAUGUGCACCUCCUAGGCUAAUGACGUCAACAAAAGCUAAGUAGAGUCAGGAGUUGGCAAACCUGCCGUCCAAUAAAUGAACUGAGAUUGGAGGUAUGUGUUUGAGCUACUUUGACUUAUAAAAAGCACUCAAAUAUUUUGAGUUUCCUAUUCACAAGAAGCAUCUGCUGACGUGGACCUUGCCUCACAAAAAAAAGAGAUCUCAGAAGACCUACGAUCAAGAAUUGUUGCUUUGCAUAAAGCUGGAAAGGGUUACAAAGUUUUUUCGAAGAGCUUAGGUAUUCAUCUGUCCACAGUUAGACAGACUGUCUAUAAAUGGAGACAAUUACAGGUACUGAGGCAACUCUACCUAGAAGUGGCCGUCCAGCCAAAAUGACUCAAAGGGCACACCGCAGAAUGCUCAGUGAGUUAAAAAAAAUAACCCUAGUGACAGCUAAAGAUUUGAAGGAAAUAUUGGAACUGGUUAACAUCUCUGUCCAUGAGUCUACUAUAUGAAAAACAGGAAUGUUAUCCAUGGCAGGACACCAUGAAGGAAGCUGCUACUUUCAAACAAAAACAUUGCUGCACGCCCUAAGUUUGCCAAAGACCACCUUGACAUUCCACAACAUUACAUCGAAAAUGUUUUGUGGACUAAUUAAACUAAGGUUGAAUUGUUGAUUGCCAUCGCUGAGGGAAAAAUUAAUUCCCAAGUUUAUCAAGAUACUGUAUGUACAGGAUAAUGUCAGGGUGGCUGUGCGCCAUUUAAAGCUCAGUAGAAAUCGGGUGAUGCAGCAAGACAAUGACCCUCAACACUGAAGUUAAUCCACUACAGAAUGGCUUCAAAAAAAGAUAAUCCACCUUUGGAGCGGCCCAGUCAGAGUCCAGAUCUUAACCCAAUAGAGAUGUGGAAUGACCUCAAGAAAGCUGUUCACACCAGACAUCCUAAGAAUAUGACUGAGCUGAAGGAGUUCUGUAAGGAAGAAUGGUCCAAAAUUCUUUCUGCAUGUUGUGCAGGUCUAAUCCUCAGCUACCAGAAAUGCUUGGUUGAGGUUGUUGCUGCCAAAUGAGGUUCAGCCAGUAAUUAAUGCAAGGGUUCACUUACUUUUUCCACAGCAUUGUGAAUGUUUAAUGGGAUGUGUUCAAUAAAGAAAUUAAAUAUUAUAAUUGUUUGUGUGUUGUUAGCUUAAGCACAUUGUGUUUGUCUUGUGACUUUGAUGGAGAUGAGAUCACAUUUUAUGACCAAUUAAUGCAGAAAACCAGCUAAUUCCAGAAGGUUCACAUACUUUUUCUUGCCACUGUAUUUUGAUAUGCAAAUAACACUCAUACAGUGUGGUUUAAGAGUUAAAAUAUUUUUGUGGCCACUUUAUGUCUACCAAAAACUAUAAAUGAAUGAUUAUCUUAAAUGUAAGAUAAAAUGUGAGAAAACUGGCUGUGUUGAAUAGGGUUAGCCUAGUAACCUGAUCAGUGGAGCCCCCUUCAUUCCUCUCCCCAAAAUAACUUUACACUCAGCCCACUCAUUCUUCACCAGGUACAGACACAUUCAAACACAAGACUAUGGAACAGAGGACUGGUCAGAGAGAGUAAGGUUGCACUUCAAUGCUGUGAGACGGUCCCCACCAUGCCUUCUGUGGCUCAAUAUUAGUUUGAUACAGGCCACACAAGGCAAAACAUAUCACAUUUAUCAGAAAGAUGUGGAAGGAGACUGGAAGGACAAAGCUUUAAGUCCAUCAGUCAGAUAGAUCAUAAUAUUAGUAAAAAACUAACAGUUACAGUAUACUGAUCUGCACAGGAAUAUCCUCACAAACAGUUUAUUUUUGGACCAGGGCUAUUUAAUAGGUCAAUAUGAUGUCAGACGAGUACCUGGUGGAGUGUAAAAUUGAUGACGAUGAUGAUGAUGAUUAUGAGUUGAAGAAGAUCCACCCCUCUCCACCUUCUCCACUCCAGUUCACCUCUAUUCCCUCCAUCACUCCCCAGACUUCGCUCACUCACGUUGACAUCAGGGAUCCCUGUGGUGUCAACAAACACUUGAAGGUAGAGUUCAGUGACGUUUUGGCAGAGCCUGCCUCCACACAUAGCUAUGACCGUGUGUGGGUGUACAGUGGAAUUGCCUUUGAGUCAAUGCGGCUGUGGGGCUACCGUUGUCUGACAGCAUUAUGUGCUGUUCCUGUGUCUUGCCUUUUUGGCUGUCUCUUUGCCCUGCUGGCCUGUAUGCACAUCUGGUGUGUGAUGCCUUGUAUUCAGGUGUGUCACACCUGCUUGCCCUGUGUAAGGUCACUGUGGAUGAGUGUGGUCAAUAUCUUCAUCGCUCCAUUCUGUACAUCUGUGGCCCGCUGCUGCAGUGGCAUAUAUGUGCUGUUCUCAAACGAGUAAGGAAGAACAAGAAGAUAGAAUUUGAGGAAGUUAGUCAAAAGCUUUUCUCGCAAUUGAAGUCCCUAUAAGGACUUUCUGCCUUGGUCCUGAAAAGUCACCAAAGAGAGCUCUAGUUACUACAAGACAUCCAAACAAGAGGAUUACGGGGGCCUGGGUAGCUCAGCAAGCACUGACACUGACUACCACACCUGGAGUCACGAGUUUGAAUCCAGGGCAUGCUGAGUGACUCCAGCCAGGUCUCCUAAGCAACCAAAUUGGCCCGGUUGCUAUGGAGGGUAGAGUCACAUGGGGUAACCUCCUCGUGGUCGCGAUUAGUGGUUCUCGCUCUUGGUGGGGCGCGUGGUGAGUUGUGCGUGGAUGCCACAGAGAAUAGCGUGAAGCCUCCACACGGUCUCAGACGCGGAGGCCACCCAGAUUGUGACGAGUCACUACGCCACCACGAGGACUUAGAGCGCAUUGGGAAUUGGGCAUUCCAAAUUGGGGAGAAAAUGAGGAUUACAUAUUAUUAACUUGAUUUUUACUUUAUGUUGAAUGUCAAAUGCAGUGACAAACAUUUUAUGCCAUUAAAGUGUACCAUUCUUUCACAAUGACAAAGAGCUCCGAAGUUUAUCUAUAACAAUUUAUUUGACAUAAGCAAAACAAUAUUAAUAAUAUUAAUUAAAUGUCUUUGUUUUGUAUAUGACUAUUUGUUUGCACUGUUUGAUAUGAGGCAAUGUCAUGUACCAGUAUUAUCUAUAAAGCAAUUAUUAUUAUUAUUAUUAUUAUUAUUAUUUGAUGGUAGAGUCAUAUUGUUAUUUACUAUGGAUGUUAAGAUCUGUAUUUGAUUAAAACAACCACUUACGGCUUUUAAAGUAGAAGUUGUAAGCUCUCAUUUAUCAAGAAUGUGAAGAAAAUGUUCUUAUUUUUAUGUAAUUGUGUAAAUACAA